CCCCCCGGCCCCCCCAUCAGCGCGCCGUGGGACCGGGCCUGGCGGCGGGGGGAUGGUGGUGUUCGUUUUGGUGUCACCUGUGCGGCGCUUACGUGGCCGCGAGCAGCGCAGGUAGCAGGAAGUGUUCGGCGAGCUCGCGGGGACACCGGACCGAGCUCGCGGGGACAUCACGGAAGUGGGAGAAGAAAUGAGAAACGACUCGCAGAGCGUCACAGAAACACGCCCGAAACCCGCCGUUCCUGACGUCCGGCCGGCAGUCGAUCAGGGGUUGGUGAGUCCAGAGAUGACAGGCUUCGGAUUUGGAAAUGAAGAUUCAUGAAAAGCUGCUCGCACAUUUCCAAUCCAGCAGCUCCCCUGUAGACAAAGAAGGGUACCUCCACAAGAAGGGUGAGAGGACUUCCUCUUAUCAAAGACGCUGGUUCAUUCUGAAGGGGAACCUCCUCUUCUACAAGGACCGGCCUGACGACCGGGACCCGGUGGGCGUGAUUGUUGUGGAGGGCUGCACCGUCCAGCUGUGCGAGUCCGAGGAACAGUUUGCCUUCUCGCUGGUCUGGAGCGAGCCGGGCCUGCGCACCUACAAGCUAGCCGCCGAGGACGAGAGCAGCCAGGAGAGCUGGAUCAAAGCCCUGCUGGUGGCCAGUCACAGCUACCUGACCCUGCUGCUGAAAGACAUGGAGAAGCAAUACAGAGACGUCCUGGAGGUGUAUUCCAGUGACCCUGCCAAGAGUCACAUUCUCGACACGCUCAGCCCCGACCAGGCGACGGUCUCAGCGACCUGGCAGAGCACCGGUACCUCAGCAUUCCCACAUUGUCAAGCGGUGAAUGCAGCAGCCGAAGCGAGCUUUACCUCUGGUCAAAAGCUUUGGACUCCGCCCACUGUCUCCAGGUCAGCCAAUAGGAAGUCGCCUAAACUCUGGCCUAAGAGAAAUGCAAAUGUUGUGCCCAUUAAUGCCCCCGCCCCACCCCUGGGCGAGUGUCCAGAGUUUGGAUUGGGAGCAAGAGAGGACUUCGGCAAAUUGCACGAGGACUUUGGAAAGGAGGUGAAGGAGCUGAUGGCCGAUUGGCUGAAAAGGGAGCGCGGCGAUAAAGACGUUCAAGAAGGAGACCUGAUUAAUUUUGGCUGAUACAUGACACAUGUAAACAUUAUGUCCAUCUAAACAAAGGGCAAGAAUGACCGUCACAUCGACGAGAGGAGACAGAAACAGGUCCAGGUUGGUUGUAGAUAUGUGUAAAUAUUUUUAGAUGAAAUAUUAGAGACUAUAAUCAAUAAAGUCAGUAA